AUGAAAAACACCGAAAAGGACUCUGAUUCAUCAAAACUGUUACUAUAUUGCGUUACAAAAUUUCUCUCAAAUUUUCCUCAACUUCUUGAAGUUAUGAAAUCAUUAAAAAAUAAAGUAAAUUUUUAUUCAGUGCGAAGAGUUUAAUUUAUAUCCUCAAAGGACAACUUUUAAUGGCAAGCCUGCAAAGAGGACCUAUGAAGAUCUGCUGAUCGCUCAUCCUCAGCUUAACCCGAAAGAGAUUUUUGAGAGAGCGCUAGCCCUCCCACCAACCUUUAUGCCAUCAUUUAAUAAAAACUUGCACGAAUGAAUAAAUUCUCGAGAGCUUAGCCAAAAUGCAGGCCUUCCUCCUAAUUUUUUCCACAAAUUUGAAUGGAAAAAGACUUUUGUUGGCCAUAUAAAGCAAACAUAUGACAGUGAUUUUUGCCCAGUUCUGUGUGUUAGGGUUGAUCAUGAAGGCAAUAAAGUUCUUACAGGCGCAGACGAUAAGCUAAUCAAAGUAUGAGAUGCUAAUAAUGGAACUUUGCUUUACACAAUGAAAGGCCACAGAGGAGAAAUUGCAGAUAUUUUGAUAACUCCUUGCAAUCGAUAUGUCAUAAGUGGAUGCACAUCAGGAGAUUUGAUUGUGUGGGAACUGGAAACUGGUGAUAUAAUCACCCAAAAUAACGACGCGGCUGGGGAGAUAUCGUCGCUUGAGUUUUUUAAGUCAUAUGAAGGGGAUUUAUUUUUUAUUUCUUGUAGUAAAUCGGGUAGAGCUUGUGUAUACAGCGAGUCUAUCUUUGAUGGAUCAGAAGACUCUGGAAUGGUCUGAUAUUAUUCAAAUGACUCUAAUAAGAUGCUUUGUGUUUCUCCUCAUCCUGCUGGGAACUUUGUUGCAAUUGGGACUAGAAAAGGAUUAUUACAAAUAUGAAGCUUAAAGCCAUUAGAGACAAGGGCUGAAUAUGACCCUAAAAACCAUUUAAUGUGCGUUCUAACUGAAAAAAAGUCAUCAGAUAUACUAAUUGACCAAGAAUCGCCCACUAAGGAGCCAUUCUUGGUCUGCCAGAAAAAAUUUUGACAAAAGAUCCUAAUCUGCCAUUACCACUGAGUUUUGGUGUUUCCAAAUUUUUUUGGCAAGCCAAAUGCAUCAUCGCAAAAGAACAAUUUUUUUUAUUGCAUUUGGCUUGCCCAAGAAAUUUGGAAACACCAAAACUCAGUGGUAAUGGCAGAUUAGGAUCUUUUUGUCAAAAUUUUUUCUGGCAGACCAAGAAUUGCUCCAUAGUGGGCUAUUCUUGGUCAAUUAGUAUAUCAACUUUGUAGAGUGGUCGCCUUGUGGAAACUUUUUAAUCACAGGAAGCCUCAGCCACCAUGCAGUUUUGUGGAAAUUUGACAGAAGCCUUUACAGGAAAUUUAUUGAAAAUAACCGAAAUCCAAUUGAAGCCUCUUUAAUGAAAAUCACUGAGGUGUCAGAUAAAGGGAAAACCAAGUGCUAUUCAAUUUCUUGGAAUUUAAGUGGAGACUAUGCACUCAUCUGUGCAGAAAAUACAUUUGUAGUUGGCAGAAAAGGAGCAAGUACCCCUCCUCAGUUUAGCUUAAAACUGUGGAGCAAAAAAGAGAUGAAAGUUGUUUGUGCCUUGGGCGAUGAAAAAUGUAAGCAUAAAAACAAGAUCCUAUCUCUCAGAAAACACCCAACUCAAGAUAAUAUAAUGCUUUCAGCUGACUUUGAUGGAUUGAUAAUCAUAUGAGAUCUGUUUCGCCGAAUCGCUGUAAAAUCAUUUAAAGAAUCAGGCAAUUUUAUUUUGGCUCCGAUUUUAGAUCUUCCAUUGGUUGAUUGCAAUUGGUUCGAAGAUGGAACUGGAUUUGUGGUUUCAAGCCAAAUUGGAACUUUUUCGAUUUAUGGAGUUGGGGGUCGAGAUGAGUAUAUAGCAUCUCCAAUCCAGCAGUUUUUUACUUCAGAUUAUUCAUUAGAUAAUGCAAUGAGAUGUGUACUCGCGGACAAGUUUAUGCAUCCACAUCCAUAUCAGCCUCCUGUUCCGAUUUAUUAUUUAUCAAGAGGAAUUUCUCAAAAUCAGCCAAGCCCUUACCAGCAGAGAUAUGAGUACGGUCUUCAAGAAGAGAAAAAGAUUGAAUUUUUGCAAGAAAGAGAUGAAUUUCAUCCACUCUUUAUGGAUGCCAACCACCUAGACGAAUCUGAAGAAGAAGCUGAAUCAAGCAUCUCAUCUUUAGAAUCUGAGCCUAAUGAUGAAGAAAUAAUAGCUCCAGAGCAUGACAAUGUCCUUGUCGUCGAAACAGAUCCAUACUGUGCAAGAUGCAAAGGAAUCCUUGACGUCCAAACAAUGUGAUGCUAUGAGUGCAAUCAAAUUUAUCAUCCUUCCUGCCUUAAAGCCAUUGAGUCGCAAGUAGAAAAAAAUGUAUGCAUUUUGUGUUUCAAAAAAGCAAUUGGGAGCAUUAAUGAAGUUCCUCAUGCAAGACGAAAAAUGAUAAGUAGAGAUUACCUGGAGCUUGAGGAUAGUGAUGCCUCAAGAUAUAUUCCUCAAGUUGGCGACCAAGUAGUGUUUUUCUUACAAGGAUACGAAUCAUUUUUAAAGCACCAUCAAAAUUAUCCUCUUUUAGAUAGCGAGCUAUUAUCAUAUAUCCAGCCAACCUAUAUGGAAAUAGAAGCUAUUGAGUACAUUUGGCCAGGCGAACAAAACCUUGACUCCACUACUUCUCACAUUAUUAUGAAGCUUACAUUUAAAGUCUAUAAGGAAGAUAAGCUGCACAAAGCCUUGUAUAUGUUAGAUGAUUUUUUACCAGAAUAUAUUGUCCUGAAAGAUAUUUUUGACAAAAAACUUCGGCAUGUAUACCCCAAGCUGAAGCCAGGAAACGUUGUAUAUGCAAAAAUUGAUGGAGGACUUUAUCGAGCAAUCAUUAAAGAAAUAUCAUGCAAAGAAGAAGCCUUUCGAGACUCUCCAUGGGAAGCAAUUGUUGUCGAAUAUCUCGAUGAUGUGCAGCCAGUAAACCAACGAUCUCGAAGGAACAGCAAAAAUUCUCCAAGGCUCAGCUUUUGGGAAAUUGAACUAUCCCAAAGCUAUGAUAUUUCCUUAAUUUGCCCAAUUUCUUCUGAAGAAAGCAUUCUGGAGUGUUCAGAACGAAUAAGAAGCUUGAUGAGUGACUCAAGAGCUAAUUAUUUUAAUCAAAAAAUAAGCUCGACUGAAAUAAAAAAUUACUAUAACGAAGUUAUGGUGCCCUCUUAUAUAAGACUGAUUCAUGAUAGGAUCAUAAAUAGGUACUACAGGACCCAAAAUGCUAUCCUUGAAGAUAUUGAUUUGAUGAUUAAUAAUUCAGUCAAAAUUAAUGGAGAAAGAGCUAAAAUAACGAGAAACGGAAACUAUAUAACUGACAAACUUAAAAUGAUUAUUAAUAAAUAUAGCUCGAAAGAGUUACCAUUUAGAGAAAUUUCUAUACAACUGCCUAAGGCCAGCAGCCAUGUUGUGGGCUAUGAGUAUCCUUGGAACGUAGAAUGGUGCAUGCCCAGAGAGAUUGUGGAGCGUGAAGACACAGAAGUGGAAGUUCCUAAAAAAGAAGAUGGCGGAAGAAGAAAGUUGAGGAAGACAAGAGAAAGAUAA